UUUUCUUUCCUUUUCAUCUAAAGAGGCUAAAGCAGUGUGUUCACCAGUGCAAGUACUUGCAUUGCAUUCACAUUAGGAGAAACACCCAUUUAACGAGGGCUACUGUCGUUCCUUGGUUGGUUUGUAUUUUUCAUUUCACUUUGGAUUCUACAGUUUUCCUUCUUUUUUAUUUGGGUAUUUUUCUAUAGUUUCAAUUCAAAGGGGGGAAUUAGAAAUAGGAGAUAAAGUGGUGAAGAUUUGACUUGAAAUUCUUGUGGAAAGGUUAGAAUGUGAUGUAAUGAUUCCAUUUCUCUUCCUCUUGAAGCCAUUAAAUGAUUCUGAUUCUCACACAAUCUUUCAACUCCAAGUUUUGCAAGUUGUGGAAUUUCAGGAACUAAGUUGGAGUCUUGGCUUGUUUAGAGCUUAAAGGUUCUCUCUGAUAUACAUAGAAACUCUAGUCCAGAACGUGUUUUUUUUUUUUUUUUUUUUUUUUUUAAAAAUUUUCCUGGGAAGAUGGGGCUUCCUCUCAAGUUUCUGCUUCAUUUUUGCUGCUGUUCACUCAGGAAAUUGACUCUUCAAAAUUUGGAGUAUUUUGAGGUUAUGCUUUUUAAUUUGACAUAAGGAUUCUGCUUUCUAUGGAGAAGAAGAGGCGCUUUUACAAUACCAGUAGCAGUAAAGCCGUAAAGCUAGACUUAAUAUUUAUUUUCUGCUUCAACAUUAUCUCUGUGCAAUGCUUAGAAAAGUUAAGCAACAAUAACUCAAGCGACAGCGACCCUCCAUCACAAUCUGAGCCACCAGAAUUCAAGAAUAGCCUUCGGAGAAUUUCUCUCAGUAUUUUGCUAGGAAUCAUAGCAGGAUUGAUUUUUGCGUUACUCGUUGCUCUUCUAAUAAGGUUCUUUAUCAGAUACAUUAACAGGAGCCCAAUCCUUAAGGGCCCUGUUGUGUUUUCUCCCAAAAUUCCUCCCAAGACUCUAAAAUCAGCUCUUGCAGAUGAACCCCAGUUGCUGGGAUCGAGUCCCAAUGGGAAGUAUUACAAGACUGUACUGGACAAUGGCCUAACUGUUGCGGUCAAGCAGCUCGAGCCCUUUGAGAAUGUUUCUGAUGAAGCUCAGAGCAAGUCAGUCAAGAGAAGGAUACAGCAGGAUCUCGAAAUUCUUGCUAGCUUAAGGCAUAGGAAUUUGAUGAGUUUGAGGGCUUAUAUUCGCGAAUCUGAUAGGUAUUCUCUGAUAUAUGAUUAUGCCCCUACUGGUAGUCUGGAAGAUGCAAUGAGAAGAGUGAGGGAAAAUCAGUUGCAACUUAAUUGGGAAUUAUGUCGUCGAAUCGCAGUUGGCAUAGUUAAGGGGCUGCAGUAUCUUCAUUUCACUUGUGAUCCAAGAAGAUUGCAUUACAACUUGAAGCCCUCAAAUGUGAUGUUGGACUCACAAUUUGAACCAAGGUUAGCAGAUUUUGGCUUGGCUAUGAUUAUUCCUAAUGUUGGUAAAGCAGCUUCAGGCUACAGUGCUCCAGAGUACAUUCAGAAUGACAGGUAUACAGAUAAGAGCGAUGUGUUUAGCUUUGGUGCAAUCUUGGGUGUUCUAUUAACUGGUAAAGACCCAUUAGAUCCUUUUUUGGCGGAAGCAACUAGUGGAGGAAGUUUGGGACUAUGGCUUAGUCGUCUGCAGCAAGCAGGGGAGGCUUCCGAAGCACUAGAUAAAAGUAUCCUCAGGGAAGAAAUUGAAGAAGAUGAGAUGUUAAUGGCUGUUAAAAUUGCUGUUGUAUGCCUAUCUGACUCGCCUGCUGAUCGCCCUUCGAGUGACGAACUCGUGUCUAUGCUCACUCAACUGAACAGUUUCUGAAUGAAGAAUUUUGGUUCCUCACUUUCCAAGUUAUCGAAAUCAAAUGUAUUUUGGAGGCAACUCCAUUGCUAGGGAGAUGUUUGUGUCAUCAAUUUGGAUGGAGUUGGAUCAUGCAAAAUAUAUGAUAAACUGAUGGUACUUUCACUUUGAGUGGUGUUAUUGGCGGAUUUCAUUUGUCAAUUUUUAGUUUCUUGAUUUUCCAGUUAUGAGCAAGUUUUAGAAUCGUACACAAGAAUGUUCUUUAACCUAAUGAUGGUGCGGGUUUUAGUUUUA